AUGCGUGUGGCAAUUCUUAUCUGGUUGACUCUUCAAAACAGCAUUCACACGUUAUUAAUACGCUAUUCUCGAGCUCGGGAAGUCGAGCAUAUGUUCUUAUCAACAGUGGCCGUAUUUUUUACAGAAGUAAUGAAAUGUGUUGUCUGCCUCGGUAUUAUCCUCAAACAGGAGUCACCUUCGAAGUUUUUUGGAGUUCUAAUGGAUCAGGUGGUACGACAGCCGUACGAUACCUUGAAGGUCUGUAUUCCAGCGAUGGUUUACAUUGUGCAAAACAAUUUAUUCUACAUUGCUGCAUCACAUCUUGAUGCUGCUACUUUCAUGAUUACAUCUCAACUGAAAAUAUUCACGGCUGCAAUUUUCACGGUCAUCAUACUCAAGAGAUCGCUGACGCGGACACAAUGGAUAGCCUUGUUUGUUCUGUUUGUUGGAGUUUCUUUGGUGCAACUACAGUCAACAGGGAGUGAUUCGACCAACCUGGAUGGUCAACAGCCUUUAGUCGGGUUUCUGGCAGUAGUGAUCGCCUGCUGCCUUUCCGGUUUCGCUGGAAUAUACUUCGAAAAGAUUCUAAAAGGUUCAGCCCCCGUGUCUCUAUGGAUGCGCAAUGUACAGAUGUGUGUCUUUGCUAUCCCUGCUUCUUUUGCUGGUGUCAUGUGGCAGGAUGGAAGAGUGGUUAUGGAAAAUGGCUUGCUGUACGGGUUUGACUGGGUUGUGUGGCUGACGGUAUCAUGGUACUGUAUCGGAGGGCUUUCGGUGGCUGUCUGCAUCAAAUAUGCCGACAACAUUGCCAAGAAUUUCGCCACUUCUGUCGCCAUCAUACUAGCUACGAUCGGCUCGAUGGUGUUCUUCAAUUUCCAGCCUUCGGCCAUGUUCACAUUCGGAGCAGCACUGGUCAUAUUCAGCAUAUUCAUGUAUUCAUCGUCACAAUCUUUGUUGGCGGGUCUACGGCGAAUAGCGAAAACAGAUCUGUUUGUAUAG